UUUAUCAAAUUUUGGAUCCUUGCUUAGAUGCUAUUCAGCUUCAGUUGAUAUGAUCGAUAUUAUGACAGAAUAUACAUAUCAGGAAAUGUUUUUUUCUGGAAAGGAUUCAACUUUCUUAUCACAAGAUCUUUAUAUUAUUAGAUUUAGAUUUUCUAAGGAUAUUAUUAUCACAUUGUGA